AUGUCUCUUAGGGCCACUGCAAACCACCACCACCGCCUUACCUACAUCACUCCCCACCAAGCAACACUCCCACCACAACUGCAACCAUCAAGCCACCGACACUUACACACCCCUGCCCCACCCCCACCCCCGACGCCACAUCGCCAGGCUCUAACCAACUCACUCACGCACACACACACACACGCCGCCCAACACCAACAUCCUGCCGCCUGCACGCCACCCCCUCGCUUCUUUCCAUUUCUCAUGACUGCGCACCACCACAAACCACAAAUGAAGGUGAAUCAUGAGUCCGCGACACAAUUCCUUUCACGUGGGGGCGAGAACUGA